AUGCCACAGAACUUGAUGCUCAUCUCUAAACCUUUUGAAGACACCAGGUGUGACGCAGUUAUCCGAGCGUUGGAAUGCAGAGGCUUCAACAUCAUCUUCAGACCCUCUGAUCAGGUCGUAUCAGUAGAUCAGUCUACCGCUAGGAGCUUUGAGUCCCUUUGUAAAAGACUAGCAGCUGGAGCAGAAAGGCAUAUCAACCACAGCCUAACGUCAACAGGUCGGAGUCUCACACAGCAGAGCUUGAAACUUGCAUCGGAACCGGUGGUCGUUUUCUGGCUGGUCAAGAAUCUCCCAUCCAAUCCUUGGAAGAUGUGGUCUGAUUUCGAAGCAGCUCUGGAGAAGAAGGGUUAUGGUGGGGUUGAGCCUACAAUAACGGUAUUCAUUGGUAAGAGUAAGUUUUCUGAUGAAAUGAGAAAGGUAUAUAUGAAUACCGGAGUGAUUGUCAAACCCGUAUCUGAAGAGGAUCAAUUUGUGAAAGUUACAAGUAUGUUUCUGGAUAUGAUUUCUUGGGCAAAGUCGCUAAUGCAGCCAGCAAAUUUCGUAGUGAUCUCAGAACCCUUCGAAGACUUCAUUUGUGACUGUGUGGUUGAAGGUUUGAAACACAGAGGCUUCAAUGUUCUCUUCGAACAGCCUGAGUAUCUGCUCACGUUUGGACGCUCACGAUGGUCUGCAUAA